UCUGCUUGCAGUUUACAGUGGAAUAUAGGCCCUUGAGUCCUCCUGUAAGAUUAUGCUGGAAUUUUCUUUCCUCAAUCCACAAAUACCCCUGAAGUUGGAGGUUUUUUCUUUCCCCCUGCUUUGUUUUUCCCUUUGAGAUAACCUGGAGAUUCUCCUUCCAACUUUCCCUCCUCUGUUUCCAGUUUCCACCACCAUUUCUCAAUAACCAACAGCCAUGGAUCGUCUCAACAGUCCUGCACGUCUCAUGAUAGUUUCAGAUCUUGAUCAAACAAUGGUUGAUCAUGAUGACCCAGAAAACCUUUCUCUUCUUCGGUUCAAUGCUCUUUGGGAAGCCUAUUAUCGCCAGGAUUCUUUGCUGGUGUUCUCCACUGGAAGGUCACGAACCAGUUAUAGACAGCUGAGGAAUGAGAAGCCUCUGUUGACCCCAGAUGUAACUAUAAUGUCUGUGGGAACUGAGAUUGCUUAUGGUGAAUCAAUGGUACCGGAUUAUGAUUGGGAACGGUUUUUGGACAACAAUUGGGACCGUGAUAUUGUCACUCAGGAAACAGCUAAGUUUCCCCAACUCAUUCCUCAGUCAGAUAGAGACCAACGACCUCACAAGGUUAGCUUUUAUCUGGAGAAGGCUGAGUCAUUCGAAGUAAUCAAGGCACUCUCAGAAUGUCUAGAGAAACGCGGGUUAGAUGUUAAAAUUAUUUAUAGCAGUGGGACAGCUUUGGAUGUGUUACCAAAAGGUGCUGGUAAAGGACAAGCUCUUGCUUAUUUGCUGAAAAAGUUAACUGAUGGAAGAGUUCCACUUAAUACACUUGUUUGUGGUGACUCUGGAAAUGAUGCUGAACUAUUCAUAGUUCCUGAAGUAUAUGGUGUGAUGGUUAGCAAUGCACAGGAAGAGUUAUUGCAGUGGCAUGCAGAAAAUGUGAAAGACAAUCCUAAUAUGUUACGUUCUACUGAGAGAUGUGCAUCUGGAAUAAUACAGGCCAUGGAAAAAUUUACUCUUGGGCCAUAUGUGUCUCCCAGAGAUAUUAGAGACUUCAGAAAAUGCAGAGUAAAUAUUUUCAGUCCUGGUCAUGAAGUGGUGAAGUUCUACUUAAUUUAUGAGAGAUGGCGAUGUGCAGAAGUUCAGAAGUCUGAUCUGCUUAUGCUAAAUCUGAAAUCAAGCUUUUAUUUAUUAGGUACUUUUGUCCAUCCCUCUGGAAUUGAGCAAUCACUGAACAAGUGCAUAGAUAUGAUGGAAAGAUUAUAUGGGGAUAAACUAGGAAAGAAAUAUCGGAUUUGGCUGGAUCGGGUUUCAGCAGCACAGAUUGAUUUAAAUUCAUGGCUUGUGAAGUUUGAUAAGUGGGAGUCAACUGGGGAGACAAGGCAGUGCUGUCUAACAACAGUCUUACUAACUACAAAGCAAGCUGAAGAACCAGAAGCCUUCACAUGGAUGCACAUACAUCAGACAUGGCUAGAUGGUUUGGAAGCAAAAGACCAAACUACUUGGAUUUUCUAGUCUGCUGUCUGGAUCAGCGUUUCUUUC